AUGCAGCCGCCGCAGCACUGCCCGCCGGCGGCCGGCGCCUGGGGCGGGGUCGCGGGGGCCGGGGCCAGCCCCACCGCCGUCGACGAGGCGUCCAUGGAGUGCAGCAAGAGCUUCAUCAAGGCCCUGCAGGAGCUCAAGAACCUGCGGCCGCAGCUCUACUCCGCCUCCGAGUACUGCGAGAAGUCCUACCUCAACAGCGAGCAGAAGCAGAUGGUACUGGACAACUUGAAAGACUAUGCUGUACGAGCCGUCGUCAAUGCAGUUGAUCAUCUGGGUACUGUUGCCUACAAAUUGACAGAUCUUUUCGAACAGCAAGCUUUUGAGGUGUCAACUUAUGAACUGAAAGUUGCACGUCUGAACCAGCAAAUCUUCACAUGCCAAGUCUACACAGACAAAGAAGGCCUCAGGCAGCAGCAAAUGAUUGGAGCAAACAUAAAACACCACAAGCACUAUAUCCUACCACCUGGUUAUAAAAGAUCCCCGGCGCAUGGACACCAGCAAGUAGACACUGAUCAGGAAUCCAAGCCUAGACCUUAUCCCUCUGCAAAAACCCUUUCCUGGCAUCUGUCUUCAGAGAACAGUACCAAAGCAAACGCACAUAAACCUACAUUUGCCCUAGUGGACACAGCACCAUCAAAACCUGCAUCAGGUAAGGACCGGUCUGCUUCUCCUAUGCGCAGGUCUCUGCAGUUUAACAGGAGCACCAGUUCUGAUGCUAUGCAAAAGGUUGGCACUAAGAACCUAUCUGGUGUAAAGGAAUUUUCAACAUUUCAUUCCUUCGACAACCCUAAAGGUCGUGCAAUCCAAAAGGCCCCUGUUGGCACUAAAAGCAUGCUAGCGGCUCUCUUCAUCAAGCACAAAUCAUCAAAGAUGAAAAAGAUCGCAGUUCGCUGA